AGUUCCCCACUCGCUGGCUCGCUGCCUCCGCCCAUGCCCAUCGAUCGCCUACUACUAUAAAGCAGUGCUCGUUCCAUUCCCAGCGCAGACCGCAGAGCUCAGAGACAACCACCGACGCCGCCAACGCAUCGGCAUCGGCAUCGGCACUUGGGCAGCAGCUCCGGUUCAUCUACCCUCGCAACGCCGCAAGGGAGCGAUCGCAUCGAUCGUCACCGAGACAGACCCUGUUCUUCGGACGCACAUCACCAACGACUCCAACUCUCCAAGCCAGCACAGCACGGCCAUGGCGUUGUCGCCGUCUGCGCAAGCGACAAGCCCGCUCGCGCGCCAGCUGCUGCGCCACGUGUCGUCCGGCCUGGUCGCCGCCGCCUUCCACCGCCCAGCUCCAGCCAUCAGUCUGCCAAGCGCGCCGCGGGGAGCAGACGACGUGGCCCUGGCGGCGUCUCACCACCAGCGGCUCCGGCCCGCUCCGUCACCGAAAGGGCGCCCCGGCGCCCCGAAGCAGGGGAGCGGCGGGCAAGUCCACGCAGCUCCGGCGAUGGCGACGAUAGCAAGCGCCGUUAUGCCGCCCACGAACGCCGUGACGGCGGCGGCGGCGACCACGCACGUGGUGACGCGAGGACCCGCCCGGCCUGGUCUCCCGGCACAAGGCGGCGGCGGCGGCAAAACGCAUGGCGCACCGGCGGCGGCGAAAGCGCGCGCGGCUAUGCCAGGACCUGCUCCGCCGGCCCGCCCUAAGGAAGGCAGCGGCGGAAAGGUUCAUGUCGCGUCCCCGGCGGCGAUGUCGAGCGCAAGUGUGCUUAUGCGAGGGCCCGCGCCGCCUGGUCACCCGGCAGAAGGCGCCGGCGGCCGUGGUGGAAGCAUCCACUCUAUCUCUUCUUGAUUCUUCGGAUUGAGGCUGCUAUUUUUUCUUCAACGUCUUAGCCUGGUGGUCCAAGUGCUUGACGGUGAAUCGUAGCAAAAUUUUCACUAACAGUUGGUAUUGUAAAAAAAUCAAAAGUGAAUGAACUCGUGAUUUGGAAGAACCGUCACAUUUACU